GGCGAGAACCAAUGAGCGGCAGCCACGGCGGGGCUCGCUGAAACAUUUGGCUCCUCUCUCGGGAGGGGAGCGGUAGAAUCGCGGUGACUCGAGCUGUGCCGGAGCUCCUCGGAGGGUAACAUGGGCGCGUGGAGUGGAAAGCGGUUUUUGCUUGGUACUGUAAGUUGCACACUCUUCUUGGCUGUUAACAGCUUGUAUUCUUCCAGUGAUGAUGUUAUAGAACUUACACCAACAAAUUUCAACAGAGAGGUUAUUCAGAGUGAUAGUUUAUGGCUAGUAGAAUUCUAUGCACCAUGGUGUGGCCAUUGCCAAAGACUGACACCCGAAUGGAAGAAAGCUGCAACUGCCUUAAAAGGUGUUGUGAAAAUUGGGGCAGUUGAUGCAGACAAACACCAAUCUCUUGGUGGUCAAUAUGGUGUUAAAGGGUUUCCUACUAUCAAGAUUUUUGGUGCUAACAAGCACAAAGCAGAAGACUACCAAGGAGCCAGGACCAGCGAUUCUAUUGUUGAUGCUGCUUUAAGUGCUGUCCGGUCAUUGGUAAAAGAUCGUCUUAGUGGCAAAGGUGGAGGAUACAGUUCCGGAAAACAGAGCAGUUAUGAAAGUGGAGGCUCUGACAAAAAGGAUGUAGUUGAACUGACCGAUGAUAACUUUGAUAAGACCGUACUGGACAGUGACAGUAUCUGGCUGGUAGAAUUUUAUGCUCCUUGGUGUGGACAUUGCAAAAAUUUGGAGCCAGAGUGGGCAUCAGCUGCAGCUGAAGUGAAGGAGCAAACAAAGGGAAAAGUUAAACUAGCUGCUGUAGACGCUACUGUGCACCAGUUGUUAGCCAGUCGGUAUGGGGUCCGUGGAUUUCCGACAAUAAAAAUUUUCCAAAAAGGAGAAGAACCUGUUGACUAUGACGGUGGAAGGACAAAAUCAGAUAUCGUUGCUCGGGCUCUGGACUUGUUUUCAGAGAAUGCACCAGCACCUGAACUCCUAGAGAUUAUUAACGAAGAUGUCCUAAAGCAAACCUGUGAUGCUCACCAACUUUGUAUCAUUUCUGUUUUGCCCCACAUACUUGACACAGGAGCUGCAGGUAGAAAUGCUUACCUAGAAGUCAUGUUGAAAAUGGCAGACAAAUACAAAAGGAAGAUGUGGGGGUGGCUGUGGACAGAAGCCGGAGCACAGUUUGAUCUCGAAAGCUCUCUGGGCAUUGGUGGCUUUGGCUAUCCAGCCAUGGCAGCCGUGAAUGCUCGAAAGAUGAAAUUUGCCCUGCUAAAAGGCUCCUUCAGCGAUCAAGGGAUUAACGAAUUCCUAAGGGAACUUUCUGUUGGACGAGGGUCCACAGCACCAGUUGGUGGAGGGGCUUUCGCCAAAAUUAACACAGUGGAGCCCUGGGAUGGCAAAGAUGGCGAGCUCCCAGCCGAAGAGGAUAUUGAUCUCAGUGAUGUAGAUCUUGAUGACUGGGAUACUCAGAAGGAUGAAUUGUGAGAGCCUGAAGAUAACUUGGUUUCUUGAGAGACAUUGGGCAGUGGUUGGAUUGGAUAGAAGAACAUUUUGCAUCACAUGGAUCUACCAGUGGCCUUUUUUUGCCAAGAGAGAAACUGUUGGAAACAUGGUCAUGAGUGAACUGAGCAUCUCUUAAGAAAAAAUAUCUCACAAAUUCUAUGAAUUUUUUUUAUUGAGUGAAAUUGUAUCCAGUGUAGCAGAUAUUUUGAGAACAACACUGAUCUUUCAUUGAAAUGCUCUUGGUUUUUUGGUUGUUGUUUUUUUUUUUUAAAUCUAGCUGGCAUGUGGUGGUCAAUUGUAACUUGAGACUUUUGUUGUACUUGGUUUUAAAAUGUGAUCUUUUUUCUCCUCCCCCCCACAGUAUAGUUUUCAUUUCAAUGAAAGAAUAAAACAAUAUUUUUGACUCUG